GGAGGAAGGGGGGGCCCCACGCCGCCUCCCCGCCUCCCUCCGCCGCCGCUGCCCGGCGAGGCAGCGCUCCCAGGCUCCACCGGGGCUCUCGGCAUGAGGAGGCUGCGGGCCAAUGCCAUCGCCGUGCUGACGGUCGCCUGGAUCCUGGGCACUUUCUACUACUUAUGGCAGGACAGCAAGCCCCGCACGGCGGCGGGCGGCAGCGGGCCGAGGGCGGCCGGCCGGCCGGAGCUCCGCCGGGAGGACGGGAGCCUGCCCCUGGCCGUGACAAGGGCUCCCCAAGGAGAGAAGAACAGCCGGAGGGGUUUUGAUGAGAAGGCUUAUUUGUCCUCAAAGCUGCUGAAGGCUGGAGAAGACCCCUACCGCCAGCAUGCUUUUAAUCAGCUAGAGAGCGACAAACUCAGCAGUGAUCGGCCCAUACGGGACACCAGGCACUACAGGUGCACCUCUGUACGCUAUGAUCCAGACCUGCCAGCUACCAGCCUCAUCAUCACCUUCCACAACGAGGCCCGCUCCACCCUGCUCCGUACGGUGAAGAGCGUCUUGAACCGCACCCCUCCCAGCCUCAUCCAGGAGAUCAUUUUGGUAGAUGACUUCAGCUCAGAUCCUGAGGACUGCCAGCUCCUUACCAAGAUCCCAAAGGUCAAGUGUCUGCGAAACACCCGUCGAGAAGGGCUGAUUCGCUCUCGGGUGCGAGGAGCUGAAGUGGCCACCGCCGACAUCCUCACCUUCUUGGACAGUCACUGUGAAGUCAACAGCGAGUGGCUGCAGCCAAUGCUUCAGAGAGUGAAAGAGGAUUAUACCCGAGUGGUGAGUCCAAUCAUUGAUGUUAUCAGCCUGGAUAAUUUUGCCUACCUGGCAGCAUCAGCAGAUCUGCGGGGAGGGUUUGACUGGAGCCUUCACUUUAAGUGGGAGCAGAUUCCUAUAGAGCAGAAGAUGUCCCGAACAGACCCAACUCAGUCUAUAAGAACCCCUGUCAUAGCAGGAGGCAUCUUUGUGAUUGACAAGUCCUGGUUUAACCACCUGGGAAAAUAUGACACUCAAAUGGACAUAUGGGGAGGAGAAAAUUUUGAGCUCUCUUUCCGAGUGUGGAUGUGUGGUGGCAGCUUGGAGAUUGUUCCCUGCAGUCGAGUGGGACACGUGUUCAGGAAGCGCCAUCCCUAUGACUUCCCUGAGGGCAACGCGCUGACGUACAUCAAGAACACUAAGCGCACGGCAGAAGUGUGGAUGGACGAAUACAAGCAGUACUACUACGAAGCCCGGCCGUCAGCCAUUGGCAAGUCAUUUGGAAGUGUUGCAGAACGAGUGGAGCAGCGCCGCAAGCUGAACUGUAAAUCCUUCCAGUGGUACCUGGAGAACGUCUAUCCUGAGCUCAAGGUUCCUGAAAAGGAGUUGAUUCCAGGGAUAAUUAGACAAGGAGGAAAUUGCCUGGAGUCUUGGGCACAGGAUACCACUGGGAAUAUGUUGGCUGGCAUGGGAAACUGUAAAGGGACAGUGAACAAUCCACCUGUCACUCAGGAGUGGGUAUUCAGUGACCCUCUAAUUAGACAGCAGGACAAGUGUCUUUCCAUUACCUCCUUCUCUACUGGCUCUCAAAUCGCACUGGAAGCCUGCAAUCAAAAAGAUGGCAGACAGAAGUGGAAGAUGAAAGGCAGUUUCAUUCAACACUUUGUCAGUGGUCUCUGUCUGGAAAACCAGGCUGGGAGAGUGGUGACCAACCCUUGCCAAGCAGAUGUACCUGGCCAACAGUGGGAGCUGCUACAAGCAACAUGAUGCAUCUUACGGGCUGCAGCUAACAGCAUCUUCGCUCCUCCACCAGGUACUGCUUCCUUCCUUCUUGCUCCCGCUGUGUGUGUGCAGCUUUCUUGCAGUUCCUUCUUCAUAACCCCACUGGGACUAGGACCCCGCUCCUCUACAAACAAUCCUCCUGACUGCUGCAGACCACAGGAGCUCUGCUUACAUAGCCUCCAAGCUCUGGGCCAGCCCUGGUUCAAAGGGUUCUUGUCAGCAUGCUGGCUACUGCCCUGGACUUUGUGCUUGGCUCCAAUGUUUGAGGUUCCUGAUGGGUCCCAGAGCAGUAGUACCUGGACUAGCUGUGCUGAUUUGUGCCUCUCUUACCACUGAUCACCGCCUGGCAGAGUGUGAACUAGCAGCCAUUUGGGGCUGUGAGCAGGUGAAGACAGAGCACUCUUCUUCAAGUGCUCUGGCCUGGGGGAGAAAAGGGAAAGGGUGGGCAGAUGCUAGAUGUCAGUAACUUAAAUUGCCCCUGGAGUUAGGGGCUACCAAAACCCUAAAUAUACCUGUUUUUGGACAUGUUAUCCUGAGGUCCCCAGCCAGCUGCUGUACUCCCCUGUCAGCCAAAGCACAGCUCACAGGGCCUCCCCCCACAUCACCUUCUGGAAGUUAAUGGACUUUUGCAAUUGCUGAAAAGCAGAUGCAUCACAAAAGGCUGCUUUUAAGUGUGGGGAAACUAAUCUUCUCAGAAUAAAUGAAGGCUUGGCCAUACUGGCGUGGUUUCUAUUUCCCUUGCACCGAAGGGAGGAGGAGGGAUGUCAUCUAUGUUUUCUUUCCGAAGUUCCAGCGGUGCCAUGCUUUGGAACAGGACUCCAGUGGGGUUUUUGAAAGAAAACUGACUGAGCCCUCAAAUUUGGUUGAUUUGUUUCUUCAACAGUCAGAAUAAGCAGCUGCUCACCCUUGUUUUCCUGUUUACUUUAAACAGACCUCUAGACUGUGAAGACGAAACAUUUGCAUUGGUAAUACCCUUUAAGAAAGCUGUUAUUGUUUCAGAUCAUCCAGUGUAAUUUCAUGUGCUAUGAACCAAUGGGGGUUUAUUUAAGAGGAACUGAAACUACUGUUGUACAGAAAUCAAUUUCAAAAGGUUUAUUUUCCCCACUCAGUUGUGAGUUGCACUUUGCCAGAUGUAAUUUAUGUGGAACCCAGAUUUGUUUUCCCUUUUCUUGAAGAAAGCAUGUGCCAGAAUCUCUCUAAUGCCUGGAAUAAAAUCCACUUUGAAACAA